GCGCGAAGCGUCCGAGCGGCAGAGGGACGGAAACGAGUGCGCUAACAGAACGACUGCGACUAAGUAGACAACCACCAUCGUCUUUAUAAACAACUGCAUGGGAUUUUGCACAAGUGGAAAAAAGUGGAUGUUUUAAAAGUAAAAGGUAAUCUCAAAGCCUUAGACUCCUACACCAAUGGAAACAAAAUUUGCAUCAUCCGAAGGCAUGUGAUAGCAGCGGGAGCAGAGUUGCCUGGAGAUCCUCCGCACGCUCGAUCGCAGCCGCCUCGACUCGACUGGGGGGGGACUGGGAUGGUGUGAGAAUCGGAGCUGGAAUGGGAACGAAGGCUUUUGCCGAGACGCGGGUGGAGUGACAGAAUAAAAUAGAGGAGGAGACGCAUUCGCAGCGUCACCAUGGCAUCCGAUGCGAGCCACAUGCUGGAGGCUGCCCUGGAGCAAAUGGACGACAUCAUCGCAGGCUCCAAGGCCGCGGCUGAGUUCAGCAAUGGCGGCUUCGAGCUGGGCUCUCCGGGGUACGCCAGCCCGCGGCAGGUGCUGCAGCUGGCGGAGGACCUGCGGGCAGCGCUGGAGGUUCAGGUCAGCCAGGAGGACCGGGAUGCCCUCCGGAGCCAGGUCCCCGGGGCCACGGCACAGAUCCUGAUGGAGUGGCUGGAGCGGGGUGCGGUGAACCUCCGGCCUCCCGCGAACAAUGAGUCUUAUCAAGAGCGCCUGGCUCGUUUAGAGGGGGACAAAGAAUCGCUGGUUCUGCAGGUGAGCGUGCUCACGGACCAGGUGGAGGCCCAGGGGGAGAAGAUCCGGGACCUGGAGAGCUCCCUGGACGAGCACCUCCACAAGCUCAACUCCACGGAGGAAAUGCUGCAGCAGGAGCUCCUUAGUCGGACGUCGCUGGAGACACAGAAGCUGGAUCUGAUGGACGAGGUUUCGUACCUGAAGCUGAAGGUGGUGGGCAUGGAGGACGAGCAGAGCGAGGGAGACAACCGGCAGCACAAAGCCGAGGGUCUGCUGCAGGAACUGAGUGUGCUGAAGACCAAAGUGGACGAACUCGAGGGGGAGAAAUCCCAGUACGAGAGAAAACUGAAGGCCACAAAGCUCUCUAUCUCUUACUCUCUCCAUGUCUGUUACCAGUCCUUAAUGACCAAGCUCUCUAGCCUGAAGCUCACAGUUGAGCACAUGCAGGUAGAGAAGGUGCACUGGGAGGAGCGGUGCAGGACGGCUCAGGCUGAGAUUGCUGAACUUCAGCAACUUCUGUCAGUGAAAGAUGCAGAAAUUGAGAAUCUACACAGUCAACUCAUAUCAAGAGGACCUGCGUCCAAUGAAAUUGCAGAGAGAGAGGAGGUGCAUAGGAGAAGGCUGAAAGAAAAACAUCAGGAAUUGCAAAGGCUUAAAAUGGGGAUGGAGACGCUAUUGGUGGCAAAUGAUGAGAAGGACCGUCGCAUUGAGGAGCUCACAGUCCUACUAGGCCAAUACAGAAAGAUAAAGGAUGCCAUGGCACUGGCUCAAGGAUCCAGUGAGAAGAUGCUCUCGGGCAGCAGUGAGGAGGAACUCAGUGGGAGUCUGAAGAUGAGGGCCCUCACUCACAAAGCCCACUCGCUGAUACUCAGAUCAGAGGUGUCUUCCAGAGGCUCCUCUCCCCUCCUGGUCUCCCCUUCUUCGGUCCCAAAGGAGAUAGUGUCCAGCUGCAGCAGUGUGCAGAUGUCCCCCGAGCUUGUGGUCUCCCCCGGCAACACUGGAUACCAGAACGGACAGUGGACGCAACCGAGGAUGCUGUCGAGCAGCUUGGAAGAGUUACAGAGUGGAUCCUUGCAGAAGUAUGUAGUGGGGAAACCAGUAGAACCUGUUGUGUCUGCAGAGAAUCGCCAUAUUGAAAAUAACAAAUACCAAACCUUGCCGGGGAAGCUGUUUCGAUCUGGUGAAAAUGGAGAGAGAGAAAGUUUUUCGCCGCCGAUUCAAAAAUCGCCAGACGAGAGCGAAGAGGGUGAAUUCAACUUGAGAAAGACAGAAAAACUUGAUGACACAACCUCUUCUGACCUCUCGCCUGUGUCAUCCGGGGUGGAUUCAGGGCAGCAGUCACCCGUCUCCCCGGAGAACAAGAAGAACCAUAAGGGCAUCAAGAAGUUCUGGGGAAAGAUUAGGAGGACCCAAUCGGGAGGCCUGCACAGGGAGAGAGACGACCCGGAGGCCGCAGAGUUUCGGAGAGGGGGGCUGCGCGCCACCGCUGGCCCCCGCCUGGCCCGCAGCAGCGACGGCGGCCGUUACGCGCGAGACAGGGACACCCCCUUCUCCAAAUGGACUGCAGAGCAGGUGUGCAGCUGGCUGGAGGACUAUGGCCUGGGCCAGUAUGUGAACCUGGCCAGGCAGUGGGUCAACGACGGGCAGACCCUCCUCUCUGCAACGCCCCAGGACCUUGAAAAGGAAAUGGGAAUUAAGCACCCCCUACACAGGAAGAAGCUGCAGCUCGCUCUCCAGUCUUUCAGUACCAAAGCCAAAGAGUGUUCAUCAGAACUGGACCACAUCUGGGUAACACGCUGGCUUGAUGACAUUGGCUUACCUCAGUACAAAGACCAGUUCAAUGAAGGAAGGGUCGAUGGCAGAAUGCUUCAGUACUUGACAGUGAACGACCUUUUGUUCCUCAAGGUCACCAGUCAGCUCCAUCACCUCAGCAUCAAGUGCGCCAUCCACGUCCUCCAUGUCAACAAGUUCAACCCGCACUGCCUCAAACGCAGGCCCGGGGACGAGAACAAGACGUCCCCCUCGGAGGUGGUGCAAUGGUCUAACCACCGGGUGAUGGAGUGGCUACGUUCGGUGGACCUGGCUGAAUAUGCUCCCAAUCUGAGGGGCAGUGGGGUGCAUGGCGGACUUAUCAUUCUGGAGCACCGCUUUAGCUCGGACACCCUGGCCAUGCUCCUGAACAUCCCUCCACAGAAGACCCUCCUGCGGCGCCACCUGGCCACCAACUACAGCACCCUGGUGGGCCUCCAGGCCCAGCAAGAGAAGCGCGAGUACAUGGAGUCGCCCGGCUACGCACCCCUGACUACCACUGCCAAAGUCCGGCCAAAGAAGCUCGGGUUCUCCAACUUUGGGCACCUGAGGAAGAAGAAAGGGGAAGAUUCUACGGACUACGUUUGCCCGAUGGACCCGGCCCUGCCUAUCGCGAACGGGGCACACAGGCCCUAUUCGGGGUUCAGGGGGCUGAGCCCCAUCUUUGACCGGGACACAGAAAGAUUGGAGCAGGUUGGGCAAAACAGCUGAUGUUACCCCACCCAUCCCUGCCAAGCUUGCCACCAGUAAUCCCCCACCCCUCCACCUGUCCACCUGUCCCUCGCCCUCCCUUUGCCAUUGCAUUAACCCCCAGCUCACCCCCCCCCCCCAACCAUGGGCAUGAGCAGACACCAGAACGAAGGGAUAUUCACCGCGAGAUCCCCGUCGGGUCCAUGCUCCAUGACCUUGGAAUCAACCUGUGGAAUCAACAUUUCAGUCUUGUAACAACUGCUCCAUCAUCUCUCUCAUCACGUUAAUGCAUAACAAUCAUGCUAUAUUUGUUAACAAGGCAUAUUUUUUGUAUUUUGAGAUUAUAUAAUACACUUUGUGUCGUGAAAAGAAAUUCAGCUUACUGUAUCUUCGAUUUUUUGGAUCCUAACAGAUAUUUUUGACUGUUUUUUUUUACAGACAGUUGUGUAAUAAACCUGUGCAAUAUUUGCACAUUGAUGAUCUGAUAUUUAUGUUCAUUGGUUGAUAAUGUAAUGGCAUAAAUACCAUGAAAUUCUAUAACUACAUGUUUUCGAAGAAUAUAUAUAGAUCAUGAAUAUUCCAUUCUGUUAUUUUGGUAUAAAAUUACCUAAGUAUUUUUAUAGAUAAAUAUACUGUUGUAAUAAGUAAAGCAUUCUGUCCUCAUGUCAUUGUAAAUAGUCACUGACUAUCCAAAACCAGGCCGGACUACAAUAAUGAAUAAAUCUCAUAAAAGUCAA